UGCUGUGUUUGCACGUAGUGUAGUAGUGUGGAUGUGUUUGUAUGUGUGUGUCUGGCCGGUUGCAGUGGAAGUCGUUUGGGAGUUUUUAAAAUGUUACUUCAAUUGGCCGUUUUACUGGUAUUGGCAAUAGCCAGUGAAGCUUCUCCAGCAGCCCAGAACGACGCUACGUCAAGUACAGCCAAAGCUUCACAAGCGGCCAAAUGUGCCGACGUUCCAACCAGCACCAAUGAACAAUAUGUCCACAUCCAUGACGUGGAAGGGAGAGAACUCCUCUGUGACACAUACACUGACGGCGGGAAAUGGACCGUUGUCCAGCUUCGUACUGAUGGCUCUCAGGACUUCUACCUGCCCUGGGUCGACUACGAGCGUGGUUUUGGCAACAAAACUGGAGAGUUCUGGCUAGGGCUGAGCAUCAUGCACCACACCAUGCGUACGAUCCUCCUCACAUAUUUUGAUAUCAAGAUUCGACCCUGGACCGUACAGUUAUGCCCUGAUGACGGCAUGACUGUAAACGUGUAUUGCCAAACCCUUGCAAAACCUUUCUCACAUACUUCGACAUCAAGAUUUGACCGUAAACCAAACAGUAACAGGCCUUGAAGCAUGAUGGAUCACUUGCUUGCAAAAUCCUUCUCACAUACUUCAACAAAAAGAUUCGACCCUGGACCAAACAGUAAUGCUCGGCCGACAGCAUGACGUUUUUCUGGUAUUGCAAAAUCACCCACCUGAUUUUUUUCCUAACAUUUCGUAACGUUGAAGGCAGACAAAAUAAACACAUACAUAUUAUCACCGACAGU